AUCAGCUUCUUCUACAGGCGAGUAGGCGGGACUUCCCGUACAGUAGUACUCGCUUGAGAGUGCAGUGGAGACCGCGUUAAAGUUGAGACAGUUUAGGCGGAAUCCGGUGUCAAAGUGUACAUUUACACGGAUUUGUUUCUCCAGACUGCUGAUAUCGACUUGUGGAGAUGAAGGGGAAAGAGCGAUCGCCGGUGAAGAAACGCUCUCGGGUGCUCGAUGAUAGCAGAGACCGAGGAGGAAGCAGUAAGAAGACCGGAGUGCUGACGGUUGGCAGCAACAACGGCAACGGCUCAGUUUCCAGCGGCGCUUCGUCCAGGAGAAGUUUACACGGUGACAAAAGAGAUAUGAGGGAUUCAGACGGACAUACUUCAUCCAGUCGGACAAGUAGCGGUUACGACUACGGAGCUGUGUCGGGGAGCAAGCCGCACGGUGGCGCUGACGUCGCCGCGGAAACAUCCAGGUCCGGUUCACGCAGUGACCCGCGGCCUCCGGCGAGCCAUGAAAGUGAGUACAAGACUCUCAAAAUAAGUGAACUGGGCUCCCAGCUCAACGACGAGGAUAUAGAGGACGGACUGUUUCACGAGUUCAAGAAGUUUGGUGACGUCAGUGUUAAAAUAAGUCGAGAAAACGACAUGCGGGUGGCGUAUGUGAACUUCAGGAGGCCCGACGACGCCCGGGCGGCCAAACACGCCCGCGGAAAGCUGGUGCUGUACGACCGGCCUCUGAAAAUCGAGACAGUUUACAUGAACAGACGUAGAAGUCGCUCUCCUGUUUCAAAAGACAAUUUCUCCUCAGGACACAGGCAUCUCCACUCUCAGAGACCUCUCUCUCCCACUGGUUUGGGCUACAGAGACUACCGGCUUCAGCAGCUGGCGCUGGGCCGUCUCCCCCCUCCUCCACCGCCUCACCUCAGAGACCUGGAAGGAGACAGAGAUUUUUCUAUGUACGAUGCCAGGAAUCGGCCCCCGUUCAUCCCUGAAUGUGCUGUUUUCCGUGAUGAGGACCUGAUGACCCCUGAGGACGACCAGAGGGCAAACAGGACUUUGUUUCUUGGCAAUCUGGACGUCAGUGUGACAGAGAGUGACCUGCGGCGGGCGUUUGACAGGUUUGGGGUGAUAACGGAGGUGGACAUAAAGCGAGCAGUACGUGGCCAGAGCAACACCUAUGGAUUCAUCAAGUUUGAAAAUCUUGACAUGGCUCACCGUGCCAAAGUGGCGAUGUCAGGGAAAGUAGUUGGACACAACCCGAUUAAAAUCGGCUAUGGUAAACCUACACCCACAACCAGGCUGUGGGUGGGGGGCCUUGGACCCUGGGUGCCACUUGCUGCGCUGGCCAAAGAGUUUGACCGCUUCGGCACCAUCAGGAAUAUAGACUACAGGAAAGGUGAGGCGUGGGCUUACAUUCAGUAUGAAAGCCUGGAUGCUGCUCAGGCUGCGUGUACUCACAUGCGAGGCUUCCCUCUCGGUGGCCCUGACAGGAGACUCAGAGUGGACUUUGCGGACACAGAGCACCGCUACCAGCAGCAGCAGCAGUACAUGCAGCUCCCUCUCCCUCUGCCGCACUAUGACUUAGUCCCUGAGCCCUUUUCUCACCGCCUUAAUGACUCUGUGAGAGUGAGAGAGAGGUCCCCGCCACUUCGCUACAGAGAACGGGAUCUCUACUCCAGCGCUGAAUGGUCUGGCCUGGGUGUCCACGACAGGAUGCGAGGAGCUGGAUUUGAACCCAUAGAUCGCCUGGAGAGGCAUUCCCGUGAGACCUGGUCAAUAGAACGUGAGCGGGAGCUGCAAAGCAGAGAUCUAAGCCGCAAAAGGAGACAUUAUUUGGAUGACGGGUGGCGGCUGGAUCGCUCACCUGACAGCAGUGACUAUGGUCUGCGCCGCCAUGGCAGCUCAUUAGAGCGCAGCCCUGGAGGGAGCAGCCGAGAUGGGGGACGUUAUAGUGACCCUGAACGCUUGCCUCGCUCUGGCAGAACCUCUCCUGCCAGAGAGCGCCAGAACAGCCACGACACUGGCUUUGGAGACAAGAGAAGAAGAACACUUAGCCCAACUGUGCCAGGCUCCUGCUCCGAGAAGGACCGCAAACGCAAAACCAGUGACUCAAGUAAGAGCCCAGCAAGGAGGGAGGAUCGCUCAGAGCAUCCCUCCUCAAACUCCUCUUCCUCCAAGUCCGGCCAGCAGUCUAAGCAGGGCGCUGGAGGACAGAGACUGAGUCAGGCCUGGCAGGGCGUCCUCCUGCUAAAGAAUAGCAGCUUCCCCACAUCACUGCACCUGCUGGAGGGGGACAUGGCGGUGGCCACCAGUCUGCUGGUGGAGGGCUCCAAAGGAGGCCAAGUGUCCCAGCUGAAGAUCAGCCAGCGCCUGCGCCUGGACCAGCCCAAGCUGGAAGAAGUUUCUCGUCGCAUCAAGGCCGCUGGCUCCAGUGGAUACUGCAUCCUCCUGGCCGUGCCGGGAAAAUCUGAGGACGGAGGGGCUCAGGACGCCAGUAACUCCACCGAGAGACCGCUGAAGAACCUGGUGUCCUACCUGAAGCAGAAGGAGGCGGCGGGCAUCAUCAGCCUCCCUGUGGGGGGCAGCCGUGACAAGGACCACGGAGGAGUCCUUCACGCUUUCCCCCCAUGUGAGUUCUCUCAGCAGUUCGUGGAUGCCUCUGCCAAAGCCUUUGCCAAAUCAGAGGACGAUUACAUGGUGAUGGUCAUUAUCAGAGGAGCAUCAUGAAAAAAAAAAAAUUAUAAAUGUCUCUUUUCACACAUGUGAACUGUUGUACUGUGAGUUGUAAAAUCAGAGAAGUAAUGGUAACAAAGCAGAAUAAGAAGCAGUGACAGGGUUCUGAUUUUAAGUUCCCUCUCGUGCCUAGUGGCUCGUAUUUCAUCCUGUUGAAGGUGUAUUGAAAUUAAAGUCAGAUUGAAUGAGAUACAUUUUGAUAAGUUUGAUUCUGCCCUCUGCUAUUCAGUUAUCAGAUAAAUGUACAUUACUUGAAGGGUACUUUGCUGAAAGCUACAGUUCUGUGAAUCAAUACUAUAUGUUGCCUUAUCUCAUUUACAAAAGAAACACAAUUCAUUUAUACCCUUUCAUUCAUUUCCUGCCUUUAAAACAGAGAAUUUAAGGUCCACAACAGCCUUCAUUUAACCUGUUCAGGUCAGUCUCAUUGACUUUGUAGUACUGUUGCAAUGUUUGUACAGCUGGGCUACAAAAGACAUCCAACUCAUGUACAUAGAAAUUCUGUCUUGAUUUAAGGAAAUAUAUCUAUUUGCUAUAAAGCUUUACCCAUUGCUCAUACAUAGACAUAUUCCAGAUGUGCAUCUGUAUUACUUUGUGCUGACCAAGUAAAGAUCUUGAACACUUCUUUAUUCAGACUUUCAGUAUGACAGCUUUCCUAUUUUCGGCCAAUCCUGCUUAAAGCUACACAAAAUUGUAAAAAAAAAAAAAUCAUUUCUGUAGACAUCAAUCUUUUUGGUAUCUCCACAGACUAUUUUUUCACGAUUUAUUCUUAAGAUAUGUUAAAAUACACUCAGAAGAGCAUUAAGGGUUAUAGUACAAUGACUUACAUUAAUGUCAAUGCUCCUUUUUUAGCCACAUCUGCAGGUUAUGUGACAUUGUAAGGUGAAAUGAAUGCAGUUUUCCUGUUUGUUUUCUCUAAGCACUGGUAUCCAUAUGUAGUGGGUGGACACAAGCAGGAAGCACCUGUACAUUACGAUGUAGUUCAAUACAAUAACCUUAUAAAAAAUACUACCACUGUAUGUUCUUACAGACAGGUUUUUCAUUUCUAAGCCAUGGUUUGAGUGUGUUGUCUUGGACCGCCUUAUAUAGGGCUACAGCUUAUUUUCAUCUUCCUUUUUUUUUUUUUCUUCAGAAAAUCAUCAUAUUUUUUCCAAGAGGACAUUUUCAAGCCAAAGUUGACAUCUUUAAAUUGCAUUUUUUGUCCUACCAGCAAUCCAAAACCCAGAAAUAUUUAGUUUACUAUGAUGUAAGACAAGGAAACACAGAAAAUCUUCACAUUUGAGAACCUGGAACCAUCAAAAUGUGAAGCAGUUUUGCUCAAAAAUUCACUGAAAUGAUCGAUGGACUAUCAAAAUCGUUGCAGGAUAAUGCUCUCUUGGUCGACUAAUCAACUAAUUGACUACUUGUUUCAGCUCUAAUAUUAUUAGCGGGAUAUUGAAUUAACUCCUCUUGUUCUCAACAAGACUAAAAUAUUACCACCUUCAAAAAUAUAGUAUGUAUUGAACUGCAUUAUAUUAUACAGGGUUGCUUUUAUUGUAUCCACCCCUCUGCAUCACAUACAAUUUGGUUGAUUGAACUUUUUUUUUUUUUUUCAUUUUUUCUGUGUUAUAAUCCACUAAUUACAAGUUCUACCCCAGACAAAGCAUGUACUGUUUUUUUAAAAAAAAAGAUGAUGUAACCUAUAAAUUAAGAGCUAUCUGUAUGCCAUGCACAUCUUUUAUAACUUAUCAGGAGUCUAUUAUUAGAAAAUGUUGCUAUACCAUCAGUGGACUUGUGUGAUGAAAACCUCUGAGGAGCAGCUCUGCACUGGCCUAACACGCCUUCCUCUGAAAGGACUGUUAAUGAUUGUUUUUCAUGCUUUUGAUUUGAGUACUGUGUUUCAAAUGGAGAAAAAAAAAAGAUUUGUGCUGUAUACUCAGGAUAUCUGGAGAGAGAAAUGGAGAACAUCAAUGGGCCUAAGAAGUAUACCUAACUGUGCGACAUGCACUUCAUAGAUUUUGUCUCAAUAAAUUUACUCUUUCGUGGGAAACACGAGUGCCUCGGAA